GGCUCCACAGCUCACACACCCACACACUCUACAACCACUCUGCAGAGAAUUACAGCUACCCGUGAACACCGAGAACAAUCCGCUGGAUAGCUCAUCCUUCAUCAUGUGCAAAGGACUUGAAUGCCUGUCUGUGACUUGUCUGGAGAGGGCAAAGGUGCUGAAAUCUCUCUUUGGGAAUUUACUUCAUCGGCCAGAUCUUAGUAUAAUGGGACACUCACAUAAAAGUGAAAAAACGAGGGUGAACAUGGACGAGCCUACAAAAUGGAGGGAGUCCUUCGACAACCUACUGUCCAGUCAACAUGGACAGUGUUCCUUCCGAGCAUUCCUGGUGUCAGAGUUCAGUGAGGAGAACCUGGCCUUCUACCUGGCAUGUGAGGAGUACAGGGACACCAAAGAGUCCAAGCUCUCAGUCAAGGCCAAGAAGAUCUAUGACAAGUUCAUCUGCUGUGACGCACCCAGAGAGGUAAACCUAGACCAUGAGACCAGAUCAAUCACCAAGACAAACCUGGAGCAUCCCACCCCGUCCUGUUUCGAUCUGGCCCAGGAAAAGAUCUACACCCUGAUGGAAAAAGACUGCUACCCUCGCUACCUCAAGUCCCCCAGCUACCUGGAGCUCACCAGGCAGGUCAGGGCCGGCUAAAGGGGCCGCAGGUGAAGGUCUGCAUCCACUCACAAGUCAAUUGGAUAUAAUGAGGAGUCAGUGGAAGACAGGAGACUCACUGGAGACUCACGCAUGGUCCUGCUGCUAGUGUCCUGAGCAGAGAAGAUAACGUGCUCUGGCUCACUGAGAAGUGUACACUGUGGCCCGAACUGGAAGAUGCAUUUCCUACCUACAGUAAAGACAUUGAUUGAGACUGUGGGGGAAUACCUUGCUCAGCAGGAUCAUGAGGUGUUGAUAUCUGAAGUCAAGGCUGUAUUGUCAGGAGACAUAAUGAAGAGCUUGAUUUUGAGAGAAAAGAGAAGCUCAAUGAUGAGAGAAAAUAGUUUUGCACAUUCAGUUAAAUGAAAGCGGUUACAGCUUUGUCUUAUCUAUGUGUAUUUAUUUCUGUAUUUAUUUUGCCUGUAAUUUAUAUUUUGUAGGAAAGUGUGAUAUUUAUUGAAAAUUAUUUUUCUACCUGAAACAUUGUGUAUGACAAUCCAUUCAUCCAUUGAAUAAAAAAUGAAAAAGGA